AUGAGCAGCCUCGUCGCCGCCUCCGGCUACGACUUCAGUAAAGCCGAUAGAAAGUUGGGAAAGAAGAAGCUGAAAUCCACCGCCCAAAUCAAGAAGGAGAAAGAGACGAACGGCGUUAAAAAUGGCGGUUCUCAAGCCCCUUCCCCAGACGUCCCAAAAUUUGACGAAGAGACCAUGGCCAACUUUCCCAACGGCAAACAAGAGCCUCUCGAGACGCUGGUUUGUAAGCAUUGCAAGAAAGUGAUCCUCAAGCGUACGGCCAGAGGUCACGUUGCUUUAUGUCUCAAGACCAAACAAGAGAAGGCGCGAAAGAAGAAAGAGGCGCGCGAAGCCGCCCAGAGAGCUAAAGAGCGAGCCGAAAGGGCGGAUGACGACGAUGAUGACGACGAUGAUUCCAAGGGUGGCGAUCGCAAAGCAAACGCAGAAGAUGAUAAGAAGAGCAAAAAGCGGAAGGCCGAAGGGGAUGAUGACAAGGAGCCGAAAAAGAAGAAGACCAAAAAGGAAGAGGCCAAGGCUAAGGCACCCAAGCCCAAAGGGCCUGUAGAUGUUGAGAAGCAGUGCGGUGUCACUUUGCCGAACGGUGCGCAGUGCGCGAGGAGUCUUACCUGCAAAUCCCACAGUAUGGGUGCUAAGCGGGCGGUACCGGGCAGAAGCUUACCUUAUGAUAUGUUGCUGGCGGCAUAUCAGAAGAAGAAUCAGGCUCGACAGCAGAAAGCGGCCAUCGAUGCCAAUGCACCAGCCCUCCUGGACGACGACAUUGAUCCUGCGCUGGCUGGACCGGUUGAUUCUGACGAGGAAAAAGAUGCGGUCAUGUCGGCUAUAGCAAGGAGCUUGGCUAACCCACAACCACUGGUUACACAACCUUUGAUACCAAGAAAGCGACUGUAUCAAAUGGUUCGGUUCCGAGAGCAGCUUUCCAAUGCAAUGAGCGGGAAUAGAGGUGCCGGCUUAUUCAGUGUUCCGGCCGAUUCUGCACGAAUCACGAUUCCUGGAUCUGCAACAAAUGAAUCCUUCCCACAAUCACUCAGCGCCUCAUCUGCCCCGACCGGAGUUGGCAUGGCCCAGCCAGGUCUCCGAGCUACGCCUCGAAAGACAUCCAUCGAUGUGUCCUGA